AUGCCAGGAGCUCCCUCCCUGUCACCCUGCAUCACCGGAGUCACGGAUGACUACCAGACUCUUUCCAGCCUCUGCCACUAUCUUGUCAUCAUCCUUGGUCUUCCUCAGUCUGGGCUCCAGAUUGAGAAGACUCCCAGAUUUGCUAUGUUUAACUUCAAGUACCUCCACAUCUCCUUUGCCCCGCUGCAUGCCACCUUCCCUACCCAGCCUGGAGUUCGCGAUCGCCAGGUGGGCUUGAGGCCCCCGGGAGCCGAGCGCCUCCGCUUCCGGGACGUUGCGAGACCCGGCGGGCACUGCUGCCCUCUGCUGGUGAGCGCGCAAAACACCGCUCUCCGUUCGCAGCGUCUGGGCUUCUCGGAGGAGGAUCUCUGA